UGCAUGUGUGUGAGUGUGUGAACUCAAAGGGAGUGUGGAGUCGUGAGUUUAUAGCAGAUAGCUAUAGGGAGAGGAGAGACAGCCUGACUAAAAAGACAUCGGGGAAAGGCAUCAGCUAGAAAAAGUAUCGUGGUGGUGGGAGAGGGUGACACGGGCCCUCGAUUCAGUCUGUCUUUGCCCACCAGAGACUCUGUACCGUUUUGUCCUGGAUCUGAUCCAACACAAUAAUCCCAGCAUCGGGGUUUUACAAUUUUAUUUUGUCAAAAUAAAGUUAUUCAAAAUAACAAUCACAACAAUAACAUAAACAACAACUCGCUAGUAUUCUUUAAUAUACUCAUGUAAUUAAUCGUACGGAUGAGGUGUCCAACGAUUAAGAUGAUAAUUACUGGUGUUAAAUUUAAAUAAGAAUUUUUGUGCUAGUGUAUUAAUAAGCCAUAUAUAUUUAUAUAUAUAUAAGUGAAUUAAAUCUAGUGGCGAAUAUUAAUAUUUAUAAAUAUAGAUGACUAAUUGAGUCAACAGAGUGAGAACCGUCGGGUGAUUAAAGUAUAUAAUUACAAUCAUAUUUAUUUAUUUAUUUAUUUUGUUUGUGAUAGUGAGUGUUGUCAUUAAAUAAUUGUGAAUAUUUUCAGACCAAAAAUUUGAUUGUACAUAUUUACAAUGAAUUGAUUGCGGCCUAAUGAUAAUGUCACUUGACUGAAUACAGUACACAUAUAUGUAUAUAUAAAUAUAUUAUAUAUACAUAUAUAGAUGUAUUAUAUGUACAUAAUAAUUGAAAGUGUGGAAGCCAAGUUGAGAUAGCAGCAGCAGCAGCAUCAACGAGAGCAAUAACAGCGAAGGCAGAAGCAGGACCAGGAGGAAGAGCACGAGCAGGUUGAAGGUUAAAUUUGUUAAGUGAAAAAAUUAAGGAGCGUGGAGGAAGUUAAGGGCGCGGGUUACGCGGGUGCAACGUUCGGGUACGCUAGUCGGCAGGCCGGCUCUGGGGUGCCGGGUCCGGGGGGUGUGAUGAGCUGCUCCGAGGUGAUGUAUCAAUAUUAUCCUUACCUCUAUCAGAGGCCACCGCCACCCCCGCACCCGAGUCAUCCCCAUGCGGCGCCGCAUCCUCAUCCCCAUGCUAAUCCACACACUGCUCAUCAUAGUCCUGCGAGGCCCGCACCUUUUCAACCAUUUUCCGCUACUGCAACUGCUCAUCAGUAUGAUAGGAUAAAUGUCCAUCAAAGAUCGUUAGAAGCAGCAGCAGGCCUGGAAUUAUGUGCAGCAGCAGCAGUAGCAAGUGGUAGUGUACCUCAAGGUCAGCCAAGUAGUGCAGGAUCAGUAGGAUCAGCACCAAGUCCAGCAUCACCACGACCUACACCCCAAUCGAGACAACAAUCGUUAGCAGCCGCAUCACAGCCAUCGAGAACUUUAGACGAUGACCGAUCUACGGAUGGCCCAGGAACGACAGCCGAUGAUUCAGAUGAUGGUGAAAGCAGAGCGCAGUAUGUUAAUGCUAAUUGCGUUGUCUUUACACAUUACCGCGGUGAUGCUGCAUCUGAAGUUGAAGAACACUUUCAAAGAGCUUUAGCCCAUGACAAAGUUAAAGAAAAUAUUCCAAUGUCGACGAGGAAUUUCCCACCGUCUUUCUGGAAUAGUCAGCAUCCGGGUGACGUGUACGAAUACCCAACGGAUCCUUGGCAUCCUCAUUAUCCUCAGUAUCACCACAGAGCCGUCCAUGAGUAUCAUCAUCACAAUAUGGCGGCAGCCGCAAGCUACGGAGGGUUGUUACUCGGGGGUGCAAGAAGUCUAGGCCAUCAUACGUCACAUCAUGCGGCUCAUCACGCACACGCAGCAGCAGCUUCAUACAAAGACUGGACGUCUGCGACGCCUUCGCAAUCCCUCGUAGACGCAUCCUCAGCACCCCCCUAUCACGGCCCUUACGCACCCCUAUCUGGUCUUGAUCCUCAAGUUCAAGAUUCCAAAGAUCUCUACUGGUUCUAGAAAAUAUCCUGAGUCAUAAAAAAGGAUGCAGUUAGAAAAAUAUAAUUAAUUAAUUAAUUGAAUAAUAAUAAUAAUGAAUAAAAUAAAAAACUUUUUUAUAUAUAUUUAAUUUGAAAAACGCAAAAGUGAAAGAACUGUUUGUUAAAAUGUUAUAAAUAUCGAUAAAAGUGAAUGAACGAAAGAAAAAAAAAUAAGUUGUAAUGUCAAGUGUAUAUAGUGUUGCCUAAUUACUGUAAGAAAUGUGUUAGUUAUUCAUAAACUAAGACUAUUAAAUACAUAUUAGUAAAUUUGCGUGCACUAUUUAUCAAAAAUGACUGCUGUGAACUGAUGCUGAGAUUUUGAUUUAACGUAGUGUGAAAAUUAGUGAUUAAAUAAAUAAAUAAAAAAAUUAAAUUUGUAAAUUGUCAAAAAAAAAA